AUCAGGCCUAUGAACCGCAGCUUUACCUCACUGCCCUUCCAGCAGCAUCUCACCUUCAACCGGCCACACGCGCAUCCGCCUUCGUCCACGAAAGAAGGGAAAAAGGGAGCGCACGAGAGACGGACGGCGUCUGAUAAACAAACUGGAGAAAUAGUAUCACAUUCAGAACCGACUGCGUUAAUUAUGUAGGGGUUUGUUUUUGCGAACUGAUAUCCGAUUGAGCCUGUCUGCCUCACUGCGACACAGAAGCACCGUCCAGCUGUGCACAAAUUAAUUGCACCUUGUCUCAGCUUGUCAAGCUAAAAUCGUCCAAUCUCUUCACCGUCCUCUCGACGAAAAAGGACAAAAUCUCUGCGCAUCUUCCGUCAUUUAGAUUGACAAGUCCGAUCAGGCCCCAGCCAUCGUCUCCAGCCCCAGCAGCAUUUUUCCUCUCAGCAGAAAGCAUCAUCAUCAUCCUUGAAUCUGCGCAAUGGCCGAUACCCCAGCGGAGUGCAACAUAAAAGUGCUGUGUCGCUUUCGUCCUCUGAACCAGUCGGAGAUUGUACGAGGGGACCAGUUUCUGCCCAAAUUUCAAGGGGACGACACUGUCGUUGUCGGGGGGAGGUCCUAUGCUUUUGAUCGUGUGUUUCCAACCAACACCACCCAGGAGCAAGUUUACAACACCUGCGCCAAGCAAAUUGUCAAGGAUGUGUUGUCUGGAUACAAUGGCACCAUCUUUGCUUAUGGACAAACCUCCUCUGGAAAGACCCACACCAUGGAGGGUAAGCUGCAUGACCCUCACCAGAUGGGCAUCAUUCCCCGCAUUGCUGAGGAUAUUUUCAACCAUAUCUUUGCCAUGGAUGAAAACCUUGAAUUCCACAUCAAGGUUUCCUACUUUGAAAUCUACAUGGACAAAAUCCGUGAUCUCCUGGACGUUACAAAGACCAACUUGUCUGUCCACGAGGAUAAGAACAGGGUGCCAUUUGUCAAGGGAUGCACUGAGCGCUUUGUCUCCAGCCCUGAUGAAGUCAUGGAUGUGAUUGAUGAGGGCAAAUCCAACCGCCAUGUUGCUGUGACCAACAUGAACGAGCACAGCUCUCGCAGCCACAGCAUCUUCCUGAUCAACAUCAAACAGGAGCAUGUGGAGACUGAGCAGAAGUUGUGUGGAAAACUCUACCUGGUGGAUCUGGCUGGCAGUGAGAAGGUCAGUAAGACCGGAGCUGCAGGUUCUGUCCUGGAUGAGGCUAAAAACAUCAAUAAGUCUCUUUCUGCUCUUGGGAACGUCAUCUCUGCUUUGGCUGAGGGAACGAAAACUCAUGUCCCAUACCGUGACAGCAAAAUGACCCGUAUCCUGCAGGACUCCCUUGGGGGGAACUGUCGCACCACCAUGUUUAUCUGCUGCUCUCCCUCCAGCUACAAUGAUGCAGAGACCAAAUCAACUCUGAUGUUUGGACAACGUGCUAAGACUAUCAGGAACACCGCUUCCAUCAACCUGGAGCUGACGGCAGAGCAGUGGAAGAGAAAGUAUGAGAAGGAAAAGGAGAAGAACAAGACCAUGAAGGACACCAUUCAGAAGUUGGAGGCUGAACUCAAACGCUGGAGAAAUGGAGAAGACGUGCCUGAGACAGAGCGGACCACAUCAGAAGUUGUGACCCGAAUUGAGUCUGUGGAGGAGCGCCCCAUUUUAGACAAUGACACUUCUUCCAUUGUGGUCCGUAUUUCAGAGGAGGAGCGGCAGAAGUAUGAGGAGGAGAUCCGCAAGCUGUACAAGCAGCUGGAUGACAAGGAUGAUGAGAUCAACUUGCAGUGCCAGCUGGUGGAGAAACUGAAGCAGCAGAUGCUGGAUCAGGAUGAGCUCCUCGCCUCUUCCCGUGGUGAUGGGGACAAGGUCCAAGCUGAGCUUGGCAGGCUGCAGGUAGAAAGCGACUGUGCCAAGGCUGAGGUGAAGGAGGUCCUUCAGGCUCUGGAAGAACUGGCUAUCAACUAUGACCAGAAGAGCCAAGAGGUGGAGGAGAAGGGUUUGCAGAACCAGCUGCUGGCCGACCAACUGGCCCAGAAAAUGGCGAGUCUGAUGGAGCUGGAGGCAGAGCUGUCUCGUAUGCAGGAGGUGAGCGGUCAGCAGAGAAAACGCAUCGCCGAUGUCCUCAAUGGGCUCAUGAGGGACCUCAGCGAGUUUAGUACCAUUGUGGGCAAUGGAGAGAUAAAACUGCCAGUGGAGAUCAGCGGUGCAAUUGAGGAGGAGUUCACUGUGGCUCGCCUCUACAUCAGCAAGAUCAAGUCGGAGGUGAAGAGCAUGGUUAAGCGUUGUCGCCAGCUAGAGAACCUGCAGCUGGAGUGCCACCGCAAGAUGGAGGAGACCGGGAGGGAGCUGUCCUCCUGCCAGCUCCUCAUCUCUCAGCAUGAGGCUAAGAUCCGCUCUCUGACGGAGUACAUGCAGAGCGUGGAGCAGAAGAAGAGGCAGCUGGAGGAGAGUCACGACUCCCUGAGCGAAGAGCUGGCUAAGCUGCAAGACCAAGAUAACUCCGUGCUUGAGGAGAAGGAUGGAGAAAAGGGCGAGACUGAGAAUGGAAAUGUAAAGGGGGCUCCUCGUCAGCAGGGGGAGUCUCACCGCGGCCUCCAUCACAAGCAGCUGGCCCGCCUGCGGGAUGAGAUCAAUGAGAAGCAGAGGAUCAUUGAUGAACUCACAGAUCGUAACUCCAAGUUGGAGCUGGAGCUGGCUCAGGUACGAGCAGACUUUGAACGCCUGAAGAGUCAGGACAGCACCAAGAGUGAACGCCUGGAGGAGCUCUCAUUCCUGCAUGAGCGCCAUGAGCAGACCAAACAGGACUUGAAGGGUCUGGAGGAGACUGUCGCCCGCGAACUCCAGACCCUCCACAACCUGCGCAAGCUGUUCGUUCAAGACCUCACGUCGCGGGUUAAAAAAAGUUCCGAAAUGGAACCUGAUGAUAGCGGGGGGUCUAGCACCCAGAAGCAGAAGAUUUCCUUUCUUGAGAAUAACUUGGACCAACUUACAAAGGUUCACAAACAGCUGGUUCGUGACAAUGCAGAUCUGCGUUGUGAGCUUCCAAAGCUGGAGAAACGUCUUCGGUCUACUGCUGAGAGAGUUAAGGCCCUGGAGACUGCACUGAGAGAUGCCAAAGAGGGCGCUAUGAUGGACCGCCGCCGCUACCAGCAGGAGGUUGACCGCAUCAAAGAGGCAAUGAAGGCAAAGAAUGCUUUAAGGCGCCCACAUGCAGCACAAAUUGCAAAACCAGUGAGACCAAAGCAGCUGCCUGUUUGCUCUCCAACAAACCCAUUCUACACUUUCAUUCGUGCCACUGAACAAGCGAAUGCUUACAGCAACGCCCUCUUCCAGAGCAACAUGACACAGCAGAACUCCUCCAGCAUAAGCUGCAACCCCAGCUCUGUCCAGAAUAACACAGUUUCCACAGCACUGGGCUACAGAGCAGGAAGAUAUAAUGGAGACAUAUUGGAGUCCUACCCACUCAACAUUGAUAAUGGUAACAGCAACAGUGAAACCAGAGACAUAAAUGAUAACAGGAGUGACGUGCAUUGUGGCAGUGAGGUGGAUGAUUCAAACAGGCAGUACAUCAUUCAGCAGGAGACUGCUGCAAGUUAAUAAGAUGAAGAUGACCAAACACUGUACCCUUCAAGGACCCUACCCUUCCACUUGCAUGCAGCCUUUGUCCUCAUCCCUCCACUGCAUCACCAAUGAAGAUGACGAUGAAGAUCUGUAGCUCCCAAGUCUUCUAGUUAGACAAAACCCAUCCUGCUCAUUUGGUGACCAGUCUUGCUCUCAAGUCCGGGCUUCAGUCCUUUCCAGUUCAUUCAUUCCUGAAAGUGAGAUUAAUCUUUAUUUUAUUUGAAUAAUCCAACACUAAUAAAAUGAACUUAUGUAUCCCUCAAUCAAUCAUUUGAUCACCAGAUAUCAAAUAUUAGGUCCAAGAUGGUUGAACUGAAAAAGGGCUGACCCCAUUCCUGAUUGCUUGGUAUACACAUGUUGUACAUAAUAGCGCUGUAUACUCCAGUAGAGGUUUUUGACCAGCAACUGUUUGUGUGAAUGCACAGCUUCUUCCAUCUCCUGCACAUAUUUUCUUAAGGGCAUCGUGUGGGUGACAUACUGUAGACAGUCAUGACCUUUAUCUCUGUCAUAAAUAAGAGUGUAUAGUGUGCAACGGCAGCUUGUAAGUGAAGCCCCACACCCUUCAUGCAUGUUGCUUAGCGGAUAAGCUUUCAAACCUUUGCAUGUGUCAUGAUUCCAGUCUGGAGCUGGAAAGCUGUGAGUGAAGCCUGAUCGACUUCAACAUUUGUCAGAAACAGUGAGAGAGCUGGUUUCCCCUUUUCAUAAUCCUUGUCUCAGUGCUGUAAAACUUCUCUUUUAAAGUAAAUUUGAGUGCAAAUAUAAGUUACUGAUUUUAAUGCAGAAAUAAAAAAAAAACAGCAACAACUGGAUUUCCUUUUAACUUCAGAAGAUGUAACAUAAAUUGGAAAAUCUCAGCUUAGGCUUGCAGUUAUGUUGAGGAAACCUUUUGUAAUUGCUUUGAUAUGAUGUCACUGUACAUUCCCUGCAUUGCACAUAUAGCUUGUGAAUCUUCUUACCAAGCCUUAACAUGAAAUGAUAUCUCACAAUCAAUAUAACAUGCUGUCCUUUGCGUACAUUUGUGAUUACUACCUCUAGAGCAGCUUAUUGUAUACGCUUCUUACAGUAUACUCAUACACCAUCAUUUCAAAUAAGAGAUGAUCCUAGAAUUUCUAUAGACAGUUGCAACUUUAGAUUACUUAUACAUUUCAGUAGAUUUCAGUGCUCUAAACACAUUUAUAGUUAUAUUCUCCUGGAGGUUCAUUCAUACAUAUGUCUAUUCUCAAUCAUACAGGAACCAGAGUGACACCAGCUCUUAAACUUUUAUGCCCUGUCACCAAAUUUAAAGUUGGACACUUCCCUGGCUCUUUAUCUUUCUGAGGUUGCAUGGAUACCAUGUUGUGGUUUGGUGUUUUUGUCUGGAUCCUUCAUGAGUCCACUGAUUCAGGGUGUUUGCAGGUUCCCCAGCUGAGCAGCCACCAGUCUGGGACACCUUAAAAAGGUUCUAUUUUCUUGUUCGGUUGUGCUGUUUCUCUUCUAAGAGAAAUCCUGAUCAACCAGUCAGGAUAGAAGAAAACAGCAUGUCAAACAUGGGCAUAGAAUACAUACAUGUCUUUGUACUGAAUCACUGACUCAAAGGACAAAUUAGAGCAGAAUUAUGGAUUAAAACAGCCAUAUUUUGUCUGCACAUUUUAAGUGCUAUAAAGAGAAAGCUCCACUGGCUACUGAGACUAUGUUAAACAUCUGUCGCUAUUUUUAAACAGUUAAAUCCUUAAUUUCAGGUUUUAAAUUGAUUAUUAACAGUAUGUAAAGCUUGGUAUGUUAUAUUGCUUUACCAGAUUUGCUUUGUGUGUAAAGUAGCCCACAUGGGACCUUAUGGGCAUGUAAGGUGUGACUCCUAACAUCCUUGUUCAUUACAUCACCUCAUGCUCUUACAGACAUUAACAACAUCUCAGGGCUUGAUAUUCACAAUCAUUGCAACUCUGCAUCAUCACCAUUGUCUUCCUCCUAAACUAUGUGAUUGCUUAUGAACAAUCAGAUCAGUGUGUCCUCUUUAUGGCUAAGCAAGUGAAUGGGAUGACUAAUGUGAUAUUUUAAAAAAAAAAGUACAUGCACAUACUGUAACAUCUCCAUUCUAAUAUAUGACAUGUAAAAUGAAGCAACCCAUUAGCAGCACCUGGUCAAACCCUACUGUAUGCCCAAGCAGACCCUCUAUUUGACAUCAUGUUUUAAUUGUAAAAACUCUAAAUUAAGAAGUGUGUACUAUGUUGUCACCUGCUGUUACACUAUCUGGUUUCAACAUAUCAAAAUACAUGUGCUAUAUAUUGUUAAUCUUGUAAGUAAAAUGGCGUGUCAUGACAUAGUAAGAUGCACGCUAACUUUGUUCAAAGAAAUGCUUCUUUUAUUUAUUUCUGUAUGGCUAUACUGUAGCGUUAAGAUGAUUAUGUGAAGAAUCACCUUGCAGAAUAUCUGUAUAUAUAGACUCAUUAUGCUGUACUGUAUGUGAACCUCUGUGUUGUAGUAAAAAGCCCAAUAAACUUGUAAAAUUAA